AUGGCGGCAGCGCAACAGAUCCGAGAAGACCACAGCCACAGACCACCAACGCCUGCCGAUGCCGAUUUUCCCACCGACCUCAUCGGCAAGAAGGUCCUGCUCGCCACAGAGUCGCUCGGCCCCGUCAACGGAGUCAGCAGGACCACGCAGAGUCUGGUCGACUACCUCCGAAAUCAUGGAGUCCAUGUCGCCACCUGUGCCCCCUACUAUAAGGGCCAGCCCAUCAAUCACGGCGAGGCGAAACCGGAGCGUCAACCCAUAGUCAACAAAGACUGGCUGCGCUCCAUAGAAGCCAAGUCGGCGGCGCUGGGCUCACGAGCGAUCGGUGGUGCCUGGGCUUGGCACUUCGACCGCGAUGAGGCCAUCCGACACCAGAGCGAGCCACUCUUGCAUCCCCACACACAGCAGCCGAAGCCGCCCCUGUUCAACCGCACCCGCAGUGAGGAUGCGCGAAGAAAGGUGGAGCUGGCACGAUCCAAUCGUACAAACCCAGAAUAUCGACUGCAGGGCUUUCCAUUACCCUACAACCCAGACCUCACAGUUGCCUACCCAUUUCGACUGGGCAAGGUCUACGACACCACUUUCAAGCCCGACAUUCUCUACCUCGCCAGUCCCGCUUCCGUCGGUUAUCAAUUCUUGGUCCAACUGAGGCAGCUGGACAACCCGCCGCCGACUUUACUCAACUUUCAAACCGAUCUCGCCGCCUACGCAAGCAUCCUCUUCCCACCUCCGCUUGACCGCUAUGGCGUCUGGCUACUCAAGAUUGUCCAGGGCUUCCUGUUCAACGCCAAGGCCGUGCACACCAUCUUCUAUCCGUCUGCGUAUGUGCGAAAGUAUAUGGAAGACGCGGGAGCUCCAUCUUCCAAGAUGAUCCAGCUGGGUCGUGGCGUCGAUACGGAGCUCUUCAACCCGAGCCGCCGCGACGAGUCUUAUCGCGAGGAGUUGGCGCCGGAUGGCGAAAUCAUCUUCUGCUGCAUUUCUCGUAUAGCUCCGGAGAAAGGCUUCGAGUUCCUUGCGCAGGCCGCCGAGAGGCUGAAGGAGACGGGCGUGAAAUUCAAGCUGCUGAUCGUCGGCGGAAACAAGAACCCUGCCGUGGAGAAGGAGGUGCGCGGGUACUUCAGGAACCUACAGGAACGGGUCAUCUUCACGGGGAUGUUGCGUGGUACUGCACUCGCCCGUGCGUAUGCAGCCGCGGACGUCUUCCUCCACUGCUCCAUCACCGAGACUUUUGGACUGGUGGUGCUCGAAUCCAUGGCCUCCGGCGUGCCAGUCAUCGCUCGUGACGAGGGUGGCCCUUCGGAGACCGUGAAGCACGGCAAGUCCGGCUACCUUGUCGACCCGCACGACCUGGACACCUUUGUCAAGUACUCGAAGCGACUCGCGACGGACCACGCGUUGCGUCAAGCCAUGAUCGUCAACGCUCGCGAGCAAGCGCUCAACACGACCUGGGACAAGAUCAACAACCAAGUGGCCCUCCAGCUCGCCGCUGCUCUGCGGACGCAACCGCCCACGACGCCGGCGGAGAAGGAAGCAGCAGGCUACUACGCGACCUGGGCGAAUAUGGCGCGCGUGUACUUGGCAGUGUGGUUGGUGUGGCUAUUCUGGUUUAUCGCGGUGAUACCCAUGCUUCUUUGCGGAUUUGUGCACGGGAUGUUCAAAUGA